AUGACUUCCGGUCAUGAUUUCUUCAAAUACAGGACACCUUUAAACGACACAAGCGGAAAAGCUCGAAAGAAGGUACAUACGAAGAGCUUCUUCUCACCAGUAUUCGAGACUUCACCGGGCAACGUGUUCGAUCCUCAUCAAAAUGUGGAGUUUCCCGAGGGCCAUCUGGCAAUUCGCAGCUUCAUUUGCGAAAUGGUUGAUGCGGACACAGGUGAACCCAUUCCCUUGUCCCAGCUGUACGUACAUCACUGGUUCUUGCAAAAAUAUGCUCCACAUUUACCACGAAAAUACGCUUCCCACUAUCUGCGAAAUCAACUUCACCGCAUAUCCUUCAGACCUGAAGCUCAGCCUGUCCAGGGACGCGAUGACCCAUAUGCAGCAGGGGCAGAGAGCAGACAUACAGAAUUAUCGUUUCCUGCUCCGUAUGGAAUUGUGACUGGAGACAUGUCAGAGUACGAGGAAGGUUACGAGGAGGCAUGGUACUUAAACUUACACUCAAUCGAUCUGAGAGGUGUCGUGGACCCCAGGGGCUGUUUUGAAUGCGUUUGCGACCUGUACAACGUCACCGUAGAUGUCGACGGGCAUCCACUGCCUGAUGAUUACAAAGGUGGUCUCAGAUGUUGUUAUCAUUUGACAAACUGUGCACUGAAACCCGGAGUCCAGGCCAAGCCCAGAAGAGCACAGAUGAAUUAUACAAUCAGUUGGGUCGAGUACGAUGAAUCCGUGAGGCCACUCCGCUCAUACUUUCUGGACGCCACUGAUACGCGUGCUUCAGGCGAGUACGAUAUUACGAAGUGCACCAAAGGGACACCACAUGAGGAGUGCAUCCACACUCUUCAAUCUGUGGAAGGGCUGCCCAUGGGAGGAGAUCUCAUAUUCGCCGUUCUUCACCAACAUUCUGGAGGUCUAGGCGGGAGAGUCUUCAACGAGGCUGGUGAUAAAAUUUGCGAGUCCCUGCCCAUAUACGGACAGGGAGACGAAGCAGGCAACGAAGCAGGCUUUGUGGUAGGCAUGAGUCCUUGUAAUCCCAAGCCUGGAAGCGUCAACAUUCGAACAAUGGAAGCGCUGCGCUUGGAAUCAAAUUACAGCAACGUUGUGGACCGAACGGGAGUCAUGGGUAUUAUGAAACUCUACGUUGCGGAAUCCGUCGCCAAGGAAUUGGAACCUUUGGCUGUGCGCGACAUUAAGCAGGUCGUGAACAGCGCUGACUGA